CCCGUAUGCAACAUUCGAAAGAAGAUUAUUUUUCGACACUCGGAAGUAUUUUCAGGCCUACUGUGGAGUUAAAUGGUGAUUGGUUAUCUCACUGGUCGUUGUAGAUGAACCAAUGCUAUGCCAGCUAGUGCUCUCGAGAACAUUGACUCGGCAGUAGACGAGACGCUGAAGGCCUCCUUGAUAACAGGGAACGGCAUCGACAAGCAGCUGGUCUCUUCUGCCAAGAGAGUGCUGCUACACAAGGUGGACUUCCACCCAGCAGACCGACCCUACUCACUGCAGAUAGACUCCCUCAGAUCCAAGUACAUCCCCCUCAACCCAUCCCAGAGCUACACACCAGGUAGUGGUACUGGGGCAGAAAAAGGGAAUGGAAAGAUGAAUGUUGCAAGUCAAAGGGAAGGCGAGGAUGGUUUGCCUGUCCCCAAAGUGGUGCUAUACCCAGAGGAACGGGUCAAGUUGGAAUGGCGGCGUGUUCAGAAGAUUGGAUCGGGGCUCGUCAACAUGGGCAACACAUGCUUCCUCAACUCCACCCUGCAGUGUCUGACCUACACUGCACCUCUGGUCAACUACUGCCUCACUGAUGACCACAUCACCUCCUGUAAGCAGGCUGGUUUCUGUAUGGUGUGUGAACUACAGCGGCAUAUACGGAGAUGUUUUGAGAAUGCUGGUCAUGCUAUCAAGCCUCAGUCUAUUCUACAGAAGCUGAAAUUGAUUGCAAAACAUAUGCACUGGGGAAGACAGGAGGAUGCUCAUGAAUUCCUUCGCUAUGUUGUGGAUGGUUUGCAGAAGGCCUGUCUCAAUGGCCAUUCCAAACUGGACAAAUUUAGCAAAGAAACCACCGUGAUAAACCAGAUUUUUGGAGGUUACCUUCGAAGUCAGGUUCAGUGCCUCAGAUGUAAAGAAAAGUCGAACACAUUUGAUCCAUUUCUGGACAUCAGUUUGGAUAUUAAGAAUGUGCAGAGUGUUGAAAAGGCAUUUGAGAGAUUUGUGCAUCACGAGACGCUGGAUAAUGACAAUGCCUAUAUGUGCCCAAGGUGCAAGCAGAAAGUUUCUGCUCACAAGAGGUUUUCAAUCCACAAAGCACCGAAUGUACUCACAGUCCAGCUUAAAAGGUUUGACUAUAACCGUUUGAUGGGGAAAGUGAGUCGACACAUCCACUUUCCUGAUAAACUCAACAUUCGGCCAUACAUGAGCAGUGAGCAGGGUGAAGCCGUGAUGUACCACUUGUACGCAGUACUGGUUCACUCAGGCUUGCACUGCAACUCAGGGCACUAUUACUGCUAUGUGAAAGCUCCUUCUCAGAUCUGGUACUGCAUGAACGACUCCACAGUUCAUCAAGUCAGCAGCAGUCGGGUGUUCAAUGCUGAAGCAUAUCUGUUGUUCUACAUCAGGUCUGCCGCUCCUCGACAACAGCAGACCAGCAAGACUGGUUUUAUUGGCCCAACAAUGCCAGCUAACCACACACUGAAUAAUCAGCAAAGAUUCAAGACAGUCAAUGGCACCCAUGGAGGCCAGUCAAGUACAGAUAUUGGAACCCCAGUCGCUAGGAAACAAAAUAUUACUUGUGCAAGCACGCCUGAACGAACACCAAAACUUGUGCCAAAACCAAUGGGUACACCCUUGCCUGAAAAGCGUGAUAAGGUUUCUUUUGGUAUACGACCAACAUUGGCCAAACCGUCUCACCCUCAAGAAGGGACUGGAGAUGGUAAGCCUAGAAUUGUUGUGCAGAUCAAGAACGGGAAAGUGACAGCCUUGGAGAAAUCUCCAGAUGGCAAAUCUAAAGUAGUUAAUGGUGGUUCCAGAACCAAGUCUCAGCUUGUUCCAUAUGGAGAGGAUUCCGAUUCAGAUCAGGAAAACAAAGCCAAACUGAAUUUAAAGAAGACAGCUGAAACUAUGGUGGAUGAGAGUGUGCAGAAGGCCGAGGAUGGCGAUGGCAUAGUGUUUGACAGCAAGCUGAAUGCCACGACGUCAGUGCCAGGGAACUCUAAGCUGUUGGAGUCUGCUAUUAAAAGGGAAACUGCUUUAGAGAAAGGAGAAAUCACACCUAAAUCAAACACCCAUGACCUAACUUUAAAACUGAAUAAAUCACACAGUACUCCUGUGAAAAGGUCUUUCAGUGAAAGUAAUUCUCUAUCAUGUGUUACGUCUCCUACUUCCAAAAUUAAUGCCACUUCCUCUUGGCAUGUACAGAGUCAGGACACGGCUCCCAGUCCAUCAGUGGGUAGUUGCUCCAGUACAAACAGUGUGAACUCCACCACAGAGUGGCAUGUGAUUGAUAAGAGCGAGGCGCUGCAGUAUGCCAAGGUCCCAGAGAGACAGCAUGUGGGUUGGACGGUGAUCCCUGAAGGGGGAGAGAUGGGGGACGGGGACAACGGUGGCGGGAUGGGACAAAGGGGAGAGUUGGUUCAAGUCAGUAACCAUAUAGGUGGUGAUGGGGACAUGUUAGAUGACAUUGAGAAGGACCACCAGAUAUGUGAUACUGAACUUGAGAAGUGUUCUGUUCCUGAGGUGGGUACUGUUGACAGAUUGAACCAUGAGAUUGAACACAAAAAGACAAAUGGUGAUCACUUGAAUGACAUUUUUGUCAAUGGGAAGUCCUCAACUGCAAGUUCAAGCCCUUCCAGUUCAGCCAUUGCAAAUGGCAGCCAUGUAGAUGUGUCCGAGAAGCAGCAUCUGCUGUCCGAGUCGGCUACACCUGAUGUCCAUGUACACAAAAAGCAUAAGAAACAUAAGAAACAUAAAAAGAACCAUGAGUAUAAGUACCAGGAACUUAUGAAUGAGAGCAGCAGCUCUGCGGAGACAUCAAGUAAAAAACACAAGAAGAAGAAAAAACACAAACACAAGCGAGACCGGGAGGAUUCUGAGAAAGACAGGAAACAUAAGCAUCGGUCGAGUGAUGAAGACAGCAAAUCGAGGAAGAAACAUCGAGAGACGGAUGAGGUGGAGUAUCAGUAUGAAUGGGUCGAGAAGACCAAGGACUCACUGCCGGCAGAGAAUGGGGACUGCAAACAAAGUGUCAAAGAAGUUCCCAGCCAGCCAUGGGACUGGCAUAUGAAGGAAGGAGGGAAAAAGACCCAGGAAGGUGACAGCAAGAUCAAGUGGACCUUCUGGGAUGGGUCGAAGACGUCCAAAGUGGCAUCUGAGCUGGAGAAGCAGUGCUCCAGUAGAGCGUACGGAGCUUCAGUAUUGUCGUGGGAAGGAGAACAAAGUAUACUAGACCAGCAAGCUGAGAGGGAUAAAGAGCGGGACCGCAAACGAUAUUGGGACAAAGACGAUGACGAUGAUGAGCUUGACAGGGGAAAAACAAAGAAGGUAAAGAAACUCCACCCUGAGCCGCUGUACCCUGUUGGCAACCCCUUCCAGCGGAUGCAAGAUGACAGAAAUAAAGGCAAGUCAUGGUUUAACACAGACAAUCGCCAACCUCACUCGCAGCAUCGAAACUAUGACCACCACGGCGAUCAUGCAGGCCGACACUACAGCCAUUCAUACAGUCGGGAUCGUCACGCCUACAGACAUUGAUUCCUCCACGAUGCUGCAUGGAUGUUGUGCAACUAACAGUUGAAAAGUUUUGUAGUGGCUACAAAUGACAUUGAGUGUUCAGGUUUUAGUCAAGUAGAAGUUGGUAAUUCAGAUUCUUUGACACUGCAAUUAUACUCUUUUUCUGUGCUCCAUUCUUUGACUUGAUGUAUAAAGAAUUGUGAAAAUGAUAUGUGAUAAUAUUUAUCAUGUGUCACAGUAUUUAUUGCAAAAUGUUUGGUACUACUAUUUUCAAAUUUGAAAUAUUGGCAUAACUAGCAUGGUUGAGCAAACUUGAAUUUUGACUCCGUGUUUGUGUUUGUAUGUUUGCUAUGCUGGGUACGAUAAACAGGUAUGUGUGUCUGUAAACCAAAUAUCUCAGCAUUGUAUUCCCUUGAAUGAACAAAGAUUUUGAUGAAAUUGUUACAAGGUGAGAAAACAGAAGGGAUUGUUCAUAUGGCUGUGAACAUUUCUAAUGAGGCAAUCCUUUUUUGUCACAAAUCUAACAAUGCACAGAUUUGAUUUUUUUAUUUGUUACUUGCUGAAAUAAUGUGCAUUUUAAAUACUUCCAUGUUCUGUUUGUGAACUUGUUUUUACCUUUUGAUUUCAGAUUCUUUUAUAAUUUGUUAUAUGUUUUACUCCAAACCUAAAAGUUAAAAACCCAGUGUAGCAAAUGUAUGUAAAUGAAGAUAAAUGAGAAUUAUGUAACCCUUCCCUCUUUAAACCACCUGUAUUUUUGUUUCAUUUCAUGUGUGUAUUUGUCAACGAUGUUGCGUUCCACAUUUGUCUUGAUGCUGAAGUUUUGUGUAGACAGAAUAUGUGAAGGCUGUCGUCACAUGAAGCUGAUUGCUGUAGUAGUCUACAUGAUGAUGUUAGUCUCCAGUUAAAGUGGCAUAUAGGGGUUACGAUACAGUACUUUCACAUCAAUCAUCUUGAUACACCAAAAUACAUAUAUAAACUAUAAAGUUCGUAAUAUCUUUGUUUGGUCACCUUACACUUACGGUGUUAUCUUAUUGCAAGGGCUUUUGUGUUUGAUGCUCAACCAUUCUGUACAGGUUUUAAACUAAAAUUUCUUCAGAACCUCUGGGCUGAUCAGCAUUAUCAGUUUUUUAAUUUUUCUGCUUUAGGUUUUUCAUUUUGAAAGACACAUGGGCACCUCAUCAGCAUCACCAUUUGAGGUGUGUUAAUGUACUAAUAAAAGAUGAAAUCCCCCUUUCCUUUGCUGUAGGAUAACCGUAAUGCAUUAUGCAUUAAUCAGCCGAACCACAUUAAAUUCAACUGAUUUUGUUGUCAUAACGACACACAGAAACAAUAUCAUCAGUACCAAUAUACAUGUACAUGAAACAGUUACAACACAUGGUUUUCUCAUCACUACCAAGAAUGUCGCAUAAACAUUAGGAAAGUGUCCCAUCGGAAAUUAAUGCCAGAUACUAUUUUGAAAACUUUAUAAUUUACAUAGAAAUGUUUAAGAGUACUGCAUGUUUUUUUUUGUUGUACAAACGAAUGCUGUGUUGCCGUAUCGUUUCACCUUAUGCCACUGAUUGCUGUACAGUUUGAUGUUAGCAUUCAUCACUUGUCCCCUUGUUUGUGAUAUUAGUCAGCAUUUGUAGUCGGGAGAGCAUCAGCUUCUGUCAAAAUGGAUCCUUGCCUAGCUUGUGAGUGAUACUGCUUUGAUUGGACUUUGUGUCGAUCAGACAAACAUUUUUACUUGGUUGGAAUCUGGGUUUUGUUACAUUCUUAAAUUCAUUGGUGAGCAGAAAGCAUAGGGAUGCAGUGGUCUAAGGUGCUAUAUAUAACCUGCUGCACAGGGUUGUGUCCCUUUGUUGCUGGGAUCUGCUGGCCAUGUGUUUGAAUACAAGUUAGCUCAUAUCAUGAUCCCUAGACUGAAGGUUCCAUAGUGGGUUUUACCAAAACCCUAAAGGUCAUGGAAAUGAAUUGGCCAUCAAAUAAGUACAAAGGCUCUUAACUAGGCACACAAUUUUAGUGGUCCUUUUCAUAAGUCUAAUGUUAAAAAUUCAGAAUUUUUUAGGUCCUGUUUACUCCUUCAAAGAACCAACUUUCACGUCCUCAAAAUGUCUUAAACAGACCUGUAGUUGAAAAUACAUGUAAUUUGCUUGAAGUACACAUGUAGAGACUUGAAACUUGUUUUGUUUUUGACUUUGACCAGGAGAUCACAACAUAAUCCUCUGACAAAAAGCGGUUUCAUGUUUCAUGGUUAUUAUCUCGAGAUGACAAUCCUGGAUAUCUACUUAAUUAGAGAGUGCAAUUUUCUGACUCUCACAAGACUUUUAUAGAUUUGUGAAUUGUAUGUUGGGAUGAAAUCUUUUCCAGAAUUCAGAAGCAUUUGUAUAUACUACUGAAAUUGUGAUUGUGGAAUUGAAUUAUGAAAUUGUCUGUCACCACAGACAUCUACAGAGAACAUCAGUUGGCAACAGGAACAGUGCUUAAGACAUGUUUCAUUUGGUAGUGCCAAGCCCCAGUUAUGAUUCUCAGUCUGUCCACACCAUGCCCUUACUUGUUUCAAGGAAGUGGUUGCUAUAUAUGACAUUUGAGGCAAAGAUGAAGUUAACAGCAGCUGUGAUGGUGAA